AUAAUCUAUUGCUUAUAUAGUAUGUAAACAAGGUGCUUCUGCUCAGGAUUUGUAAAUAAGUAUAACUGAGUUUCCUCUGGUCUAAUUCCUUUUCUGGUUUAGACAAAUGUCCAUUUUCCAGCAGCUGUUGGUUCUAUUAGCUGUGUGGGUCAGUACUUAGUCCAACUGUGAAAUGAAAUCAGCAUCUCCAUAAAGCUGGGCAGCAGAAGGAAGCAUGAAUUUCUCUAGAAUAUUCUGGUAGAUGAUUCUUUUAACUGUGAAGUAGCAACAGAGCAGAACAUUCAUUCAGUCUGCAAAAUAAAAUAAAAAAAUCCCUGCAGACAGUUCAGAAAUGUUUUAGAUGAAAUAUUACUGUGAAGAUAAUUCAAAGUAAUUAUUUUGUGUGUUUUGUUACCAUCCGCUUGGGAAAUUCAACCCAGCUAACGAUGAUCAGGCCAAUCAGUCUGAUCUGCUUCAGAUAAAUGAAGUGUAGGAGCCAUUUAUUCUUUCUUGGGUUUAUCGCCACCAGGGGGCGUAUUUAUUUUGAGUUCUGAGUGUCUGAUGGGGGGGAUGGGUUAUUUAAGGUCAACCAUGAUUCUGUUCAGGUGUGGUUAAUAGGUAGAGGCAAACAGUUUUCUAUUGUGCUUGAUUUUGGAUGUAUGUCGAAUUUAUGUGGAUCUAAAUGGAAACAGUGAGACAAUGGACAUUUGUACUGGCAAUAAAUGACUUUAUUUAUGUCAAACGAAAGAUCGGCAUCCUGAAUCUUAAUUGAGCGCACGUAAAACCAACGCCUUUCAACAACAACCACCAGUAGCCURAAAUAUAGGAUUUUAGCCGCUACAUUUAGGUAGAAAACUACCUCGUUUGGAAGAUCCACCGAUCCUUCUGCAUUGGGAUUCUACGUGGCGGUAAAGUAACGCCGCACAGAACCAGGCUAUUGGCGCCGCCGGAUAAAGUAACGCCACGCCAGACCCGCAGAGGAGCGAUCGGGACACCUGACAUCGGAACCGAGCCGCACAGGAGCGAUCGACACCGCACGCUUGAACAGAGCUGCAUGGAUCGAGCUAUUGGAGCUACUGAGUUUCGUAGCAGCCGACAUCAGAGCGCAGAUCAUCAAUGCCGGCCAACGCAUCAUUGGGAAACUGAGAUCUUCUGCAUUUUCAUGCAGCGCUGCAUUUUACCGUGCAGCUUCCAAGGCGGCUCUGAUGUGUACAUCCACUGGUUUCAGCUGAAACCAGAACAACUUCCUGUCCACUCGUACUAUAAUAAUAUGGACCAACUGGGUCUCCAGAACCAGAACUUUAAGAACAGAACAUCCCUGGUCCAGGAUCAGCUGUCCAGAGGAAACGCCUCCCUGCUGCUGACUGGUGUGAAGGUGGAGGAUCAGAGCAGAUACCGCUGUUACUGCAGCACCGUCAGCGUAGACGAGAACACAAUUCUUCAGCUGAAUGUGGACGCUCCAGUUUCUGACAUCAGGAUCCAUCAGGAUGGAAACAGGAUCACCUGCAGCUCAGAGGGGAUCUACCCUCAACCUGAACUCACCUGGUCCACUGAGCCUCCAUCCAACACGGCUCUGCAGAACAGAACCACAGUCCAUCAGACUGAGGAGAAGCUUUAUGACAUCAGCAGCUCUCUGACGGGUCCAGAUGGUCCAGAUCUGACCUACAGCUGCAGCAUCAGAACCAGGAGGAACCAGAGGAGAGCAACACUGAGACAGAAAAGUGUGAUCGUCUCCAGCAGACAGACGUAUCUCUCCUGCUCCGACUCACAGGUUUCUGGAUCAGAGCUUCUCUGGAUGUUUAACCACAAUCAAGUCAUCCUGAGCCGGAGCAGCCAGAGCAGAGCCACGGUGACGGAGGAGUGGAAACGUCACGUGAAGAACGUCUCAGAGUCCGGCGAUCUCGGUCUGCAGGAUUUAUCUGCAGAGCAGGACGGGAUUUACACCUGUGAGCUCAGCAACGAGGAAGAAACCUUCAGAACCAGCAUCUUCUUGAAGGUGGAGGACGACCCAGGAGGAACAAAACGCCAUCCAGUUGGUCUCAUCUUUGUUGCAGCAGCAGGAAUAGUUUGUGUUGCUCUGAUCCUCCAUUCCAGGAAGAAAAAAGGAUAAAAACACUUUUCCUAUUGAUUCAAAGGUCGCUUUUUUAACCAGCUGUUUAUGAUUUUUAUGAAGCAGAUAUUUCUCUGCUUUACAGGAUUACUGCUAUGAGGAGGCUACACGUUAGCAUGUAAAUUAGCAUUGCACCUUCCUAUUUCAGCCUCCCAACCUGCAUUACAUAUCAGUUAUUUUAGAAAAAACUCACAAAUAGGCAGAAUUUCCAUAAAUAAUUUGGAAUUUGCUCAGCUGAUGCUCUACAAGUGAUUAGAUAAGUUUACGCUUCACUGGCCUCGGCAUGCAGGAUGCUUGAUCCUGAGGGUGAAGCUGACGACUCGCUCCACUGUUUAAUUCAGCUGAUGGUUAUAGUGAUUAUAUACUAAAUAAUAAUUUCAUCAUAAUAAUGAUUUGAGUAAAGCUAAGUGGUGUCACUCGUAGAGCUUCAGCCUUACAGGUAACACACCUGGUCCAACACAGCAGAACACAGCAGAGCACUUCCUCCAUCCUGGUUUUCAUAUUUAAAAUAAGAGCAAAUCAAAAGUAACUCACAUAUUUCAGACAUAAUGUAACUCCUAUAGCAUCUCCUUCAUCUGCUCAUAUUUAUAUCCAUGAAGCUCUCAGCUUUCAACAGACAGGAAACGUGAUGAACCGCUAAUGGAUCGCUGCAUUCCUUCUUCAGGCUAAAUCACAGUCAAAUUGUGUCACUGUUUAUUUUUUUUUAUCAAUAUUUAUCAAUAUGAGGCUUGUUUUAAUGGCUGCCUUGUCAAUUUUGUCCAUCUGCGAGUAUUUUUUAGUUUUUAGCUGCAGAUUAGCCUUAGCAUGCUGCGAUAACAGAUCAGUUUUAAAGUGAUGCUUGAAGACGCAUUUGUUCAGUUUAGCUUUUAAUUUUUUUACUGUUUUAGCUGAUUUAUUUUAUCAUCUGUAUUUUUUAUUUCUGUAAAGCUCUGAUCUUUUAAAAGGUGCUGUAUAAAUAAAGUUUGCUUACUUUAAAGGAAACCAAUCUAUUUAAAAAACGAGCAUUUUACUAAAAUGAUGUUUAUAAUGGACUUUCUGUCUAUUAUAGACUUUCUGUGUUCUCUUCCGGUCUAUAAUAGACUUUCUGUCUAUAAUUUUUCUGUGUCAGAUUUCUGUGUAGAUUUUCUGUGUCAUGCAUUAAUAUAAUUACAGUUUUUAGUAAACUGCACUGAUUACAAUCAGCUUUACCUCAAGAUUGUGGAGCAUUUAUAUAUUAUUCAAUUAACAAUAUUAUGUGUUAUUAUCUUGUUUAAUUAUUUCACUGUGAACUUUCUAAUGUGUCUGGAAUAAAGACAUGAUGAUGAU